AAAAAUAUCUAUCCCUAAAAAAAUAUUUCUCAGAAAUUUAUAAUGCCAGAUAAUGAAUAGCAAAGAUAACACUGUUGCCGAUUUUCAGGCUUGUACUGGUAUUGAAGAUGUCGGAUUAGCAUUUAAAUAUUUAGAAGAUCAUCAAUGGAAUUUAAUCGAUGCAGUUAACUCUGCUAUGAAAAAUGAUAAUAUUGUUGAUAUAAAUUAUAAAGGCGAUGAUAUAUCUAUAAUAUCUCCUAGUCAGGCUACCACAUCCUUAAAUAACAUAUAUUCAGCCAAUUCGUCAUCUAGUCAUAAAGUUAAUCCUUUAAUAAACACAUCAUCCUUAACCAAGAAUACAAAUAAUAUGGGGCCAAAAAUUUUAAUUUUUAAUAUUACUUAUAAAGAUAAAACCUCAGUUAUAAAAGUUUUGGAAUCUCAAACUGUUGGCAAACUUAAAGAAUAUAUAGAAGAAAGAUUUAAAAUACCCACAAAAGAAAUAUAUUUAUCUGGGUGGUAUAAUAAUCUGAAAGUUUUUAAUUAUACUAUAUUAUCAUCAUUAUCCUUGCCAAUUGAAAAUAAUUUACAACUUUCAAAAUUAUCACAUAUGACCUCUGGGAAAAUACCAUCCUCAAAUGAAUCCCAAUCCAAGCGCCUUUACACACUUUACAUAAAGAAUUGCUGGAAAGAUCAAAAAUACACUCUACAAAUGCCGGGUGACAAAACUAUAAAAGAGUUAAAAGACACGUUCGCCGAGAUGUCAUCUAUCCCAACAAAAGACCAGGAAUGGAUCGGGUUUCCUUUCGAAAUUAUCAGUGAUUCGGUAACCCUAAAUAAAACCGGUAUAAAUUUUCCUACGCAAGAUUUUGAAGUGUUCAAUAAAGCUAGCGAUAGCAAUUUACUAUCCCAUACAUCUAAUGGCAGGUCCUCUGUGGACGAGGACGAGCCUAUGAUGAUAGCUCAUCUGCCACCCCCGACCUCCUCGAAAAUUUUCUCAAAUAUCCAUGAGACACAAGAAGAAGGUGAAGGGGACGAAGAGUUCCUCGAUAGCUCAGAUAAUUUUGGUGUGUUCGAUGCCCCUUGCUCCUCCUUCAAGCUGUCCAACCAACAACCUUUAAUUUUACCGAAUACUAUCGACGUGGUGGAAGGACAGAUUCAUUUCGUUAAUCAAUUCGAAUUAAGAUACGGGAAAACGCAUCCGCAAUUCUUUAUCGGAACUAUGCAACACGCCCUGGAUGCCUCAUGUAACCUUCCCAUAUUAGAACGCAAAUUACUCGUUGUAUACCUCCACCACGAAAAAAGCAUUUUAUCUAACAUAUUUAUCAGUUUAAACCUAUGCUCCGAAACGGUUAUCAACUACCUCAACGCGAAUUUUAUAUUAUGGCCUUGGGACGUUACCCACACAUCUAACAAAGAAUUAUUUUUACGUAUAACAACGAUCAAAUUCGGCAAAAUCUUGGAAAACACGCUAAAAACCACAAACGUUAACGAAUACCCGUGCCUUAUCGUUUUUCAAAAAUGCAGAGGCCAAUUUGAUAUUCUCAACAUUUUUAAAGGAAGCACUUGUUUGGAAGAUUUAAUGACCACAUUGAUCCACUCGGUCGACAUGUUUAGAAAUAAUCAACAAUCAUCUCUACAAGAAGAAAUGGAAAGAGACACGAGGGAAAAUAUAAAACGCGAACAAGAUGAGGCGUAUCGUUUGUCACUUGAAACGGAUAAAGCCAAAAAAAUAGCUCGCGUAAAAGAAAUCGAACAGGAACAGCUGAUCCAAAAACUUAAGGAGGAAGAAGACGAGUUUAAGAUGAAAGAGAAAGAAGCAAUAAAAAUGUCCUUAGCUGAUAGCCUACCAGAAGAACCUCCCAAGGAUUGCGUAUCGCCCGUAACCACUAUAAAAAUCCGCUGUAUAAACCAAAGCAAAACGUUUCAAAGAAGAUUUUUGGCCAGCACAAAGUUGGAAAUUCUGUUAAAUUAUAUAGCCUCGUUAGGAUUCGACCAAAAAGAAUACAGCUACAUGACUUAUUGGCCUACGUUCGAUAUAUCGCAAUUAAACCCCAACGAAACCCUGAAAACGCAUAAUCUUUAUCCUCAAGUUUCCCUAACUAUAACCGAGAGGGUUGAAUAAACCUAUUUUAAUUCAAUAUUAUUAUCAUUUAUAAAAAAAAAAUGUUUCUUAUUUAUAAUUAAAUUACCGUCGCUUUCAAAUAUUUUGAUAUCUUUUAUUUGAUAAGAUUAUAUA